UGCCUAGUUGCCUCGCGUGUCACAUCUCUCUCCUUCUUCUUCUAUGAUCCCACCUUAUAUAAAUGACAACAACCUAGCCCUUCUCAUCCAACUCCACCAAAACCACAGCAACAUCAUCGUCCUCGUCUCUGCACCACUUCCCUCUUGAUUCUAGCUCUAGCCUCUACAUCCACAGUUCCACACACAGCACACGUCAAUGGGGGAGCGCAACGGCGGCGUGAGCACGUCAUCGACGACCAUGAGGGCGGCGGCGCACCGGGGAACGAUGCCGCCGCCACCGCAGAUGCGGCCCAAGAUAAAGAUCAUCCACAUCAUCGCGCCGGAGAUCAUCAAGACCGACGUCGCCCACUUCCGGGACCUCGUGCAGCAGCUCACCGGCAAGCCUGCUGCCUGCGCCAUCAGCAGCUCGGCCAACUACACCGCACCGGUAGAAGAGGAGAUAGAGACGACGACCAACAAGAGGAGGCUGAGGCCGGCACCAGCUCCGGCUCCGGUGGCGGCUGACGAGAUGAGCGAUUUCAUGGUGCAAGAAGAGCCGAUCAAGAAGAGGAAGAUCAAGUGCGAGGUGAAGGUGGAGCAAGCAGGAGGCUUCGGCGAUUACGACCUCGACCGUAGCGACCUGUGGAUGGAUCUCAACCCCGGAGGGUUCUUGAGCUUCUUGGAGGAGGAAGGCGUCUUCCAGGGCCUGGCUGCUGACCAUGACUUCUUGCAGCCUGCUGCUUUUGCCUCGUCCAGGAUGGAUUUGGUUGGUGAAAUGUACGCAUCUUGAUAAUCAUCAGUAGGUCUAGAGCUUGAAUUCUUGCGUUUUGCUGUGAGGGAUUUUUUUUGCACUUUGGUCGAUAAUUCGGCCAGUUGAAUUAUUUUGUCUUCUUUUUUUUUUGUUUUUGGAUUGGACGAACACGUUAGUGUUGGAGGUUGUUGCACCCCUUGGUUGGUGGUCGCAAGCAAAUGAUGUUAGUUUAAGGGGGGUCAUGUAUAGGACUGGUCAUUUGGGUGCUUAUGUUUCAGAUAGCAAAGCAAAUGUAAGCACCCAAAUGACCAGUCUAAUUAAGGGGAAGAAAUCAGAAUAGUGAUGCCAAUAAUCAUAUGUAUGUAAGGGUCACUGGUGAAAUCAUACAAGGAUCGAUCAAUUCAGGGUGCAGUGGUUCAA